ACAAAAAUCAGAUCGCCAAUACUCUACUCUACUCUGCUCCUCCUACACACAAAAGCUUCAAUUCUUUUCUCUCCCCAGCUCCUCUGUUCCUCUAUCUCGAGUCUCACCUCACCCCCCCUCCUCGCCGCGAUCUCUCCCCCCGAACCCGCCCCGCGCCUCCCCCGGGCGCGGGCCCGUCGCCGGCGACGCCCGGGAGCCCCCGCGUUCUCUCCCCGCGGAAGAGCGGCCCGGCCCGGGCGCUAGCAGUGCUUUGUUUGGCGGAGGCGAGGCGUUUGGUCGCGGGGCGGGCCGCCGCCGCCGCGCGCGAUGGGGCGGGGCUGACGCGGCGCGAUGUCAGACGCCUCGUCGGAUCUCGGCGGCGCCCGGGCGGGGCCGCUGCCCGUCGUCGAGCGCGACCUCGAGCAGGCUAUCACUGCUCUCAAGAAAGGAGCCUACUUAUUGAAAUAUGGGCGUAGAGGGAAGCCAAAAUUUUGUCCAUUUCGGCUAUCCAAUGACGAGUCUGUAUUGAUAUGGUUUUCAGGGAAAGAGGAGAAGCAUCUAAGGUUGAGCCAUGUGUCCCGGAUAAUGCCUGGCCAACGGACUGCAAUAUUUCAGAGGUACCCACGACCUGAGAAGGAAUGCCAGUCCUUUUCUCUAAUUUCGCAUGACAGGUCACUGGACAUUAUAUGUAAAGACAAAGAUGAGGCAGAAGUGUGGUUUGCUGGGCUGAAAACGUUGAUUUCACGAAGUCAUCAAAGAAAAUGGAGAACUGGCUCAAGAAGUGAUACCAUUUCGUCUGCUGCAACUAGUCCAAGGACUUUCACGCGACAGAGUUCUCCGUUGAGUUCUCCUUUCAGCAGCAGUGACAGUCUCCACAAGGAUUUCAAUGAAAACUACCGGUUCCGUAGUCCAUAUGGGAGCCCACCAAAGAAUGGCUUGGAGAAGGCCUUUUCUGAUGUUGCGUUAUAUGCAGCUCCCCCCAGGGGCUUCUUCCCAUCAGAUUCUAAUGCAGCAUCAGUCCACUCUAUGUCUUCUGGACAAUCAGAUAACACAAAUGGGAAUUCCGGAGGUAUCCCAAUGGAUGCUUUCCGGAUCAGUUAUUCAAGUGCUGUUAGCUCUUCAAGUCAUGGUUCUGGUUAUGAUGACGGUGACGCUUUAGGUGAUGUUUUAAUAUGGGGAGAAGGAACCGGGGAAGGAAUUCUUGGUGGUGGUAACUCAAGAAUUGGAAGUUCCUCAGGUGCAAAAAUUGAUUGUCUUGUACCUAAACCAUUAGAGUUUGCUGUCCGGCUUGAUGUGCAGAAUAUAUCUUGUGGAGGAAGGCAUGCUGCACUCGUCAGUAAACAAGGCGAGAUCUACUCCUGGGGUGAGGAAUCGGGUGGGCGGCUUGGUCAUGGUGUAGAUUGCGAUGUGGCACAUCCAAAACUCAUUGAUGCUCUUACUCAUAUGAACAUUGAGCUGGUAGCAUGCGGUGAAUACCACACCUGUGCUGUUACACUAUCUGGAGAUCUGUAUACAUGGGGGGACGGCGCCUUCAAAUUUGGGCUUUUGGGCCAUGGUAAUGAUGUCAGUCAAUGGGUACCCAAAAAGCUGCAUGGGCCACUGGAGGGUAUACAUGUUUCAUCAAUUUCAUGUGGCCCUUGGCAUACAGCGAUAGUAACUUCUGCUGGGCAGCUGUUCACAUUUGGAGAUGGCUCUUUUGGGGUUCUAGGCCAUGGAGACCG